ACAUGGUGCAGGAGAUGUUGUGAAACUCUUGCACCUGACAGGGUUGCUCAUCAUUAUCUACAGAUCCACAGCUCUAACCUUCAUGAGGUAGCAGAAAAGGCAUCACAUUGAUUCUCAGCAGAAUAAGCCCAGCUUCCUAUUACCAUGGAUAAACAGUCCACGGUGGAGUUUCGAAAUGUGGGGCAACUGUACUUCCCCCAAACCAGAGUGGAGUGCCACUACAGUCUGACCUCUGACCAUCAGUGGAGCAGCAGUGACUGGAUAGGGAUUUUUGAGAUGGGCUGUUCUUCAGUGACACAGUAUUACACAUAUACAUGGGCUCUUGUUCCUGAAGGGUACACUGAGGGUACCAAUGUCAACUGCUGUGUACUUUUCCAGGCAUUCUACCUGCCCCGCCCCAGUGCUGUGGAGUAUCAGUUCGUAUAUGUGGAUAAGAUGGGAAAGGUGUGUGCCCGUAGUCGUCCUUUCACUUUCCGUGCUCCCAAGCCGUUGGAGGAGCUGGAGACUCUGAAAGAGGAUCAAGAUGGGGAGGAUGGAGAGGAGGAGCUGCUCCUGGUCAUCCCCAGGGCUCAACUGCUUCAGAGUCGGCUGGAGGAAUGCCUAAAAAAACAGGUGGAUAUACAGCAUGCUCUGGAUGUGGCAAAAAAGGAGGUAGUGAAUGAGAAAGAGAACAGCAGAAAAGCAAGGAUGGAGUGGGAGCGUGAAAGAGAAGCAAUGAAGGAGGAGAUCUCAGAGCUUAGAGACAACUUAAGAAACAGCUGUGAGAUGUUGACGAGGAUGGAGGGAAAACACAAGAAUGUGAAAUACAGUCAGGAAAAUCUGACAUCCGAACUUAGUAAACUCAUGGCUGAAAAGGCUGAAUGUCAGCAGAGAAACAAAGAGCUGGAGGAGGAUCUCAAGGCCCUUAAAGAAAGGGAGAAAGAGGAAAACGGGGACCUGGAAAGGCUGAAGGAGAGAGUGAAGAAAAUGUCCACUCAAAUGAAACACGAUGAGGAAAAGAGAAAAUGUCUGCAGGAGGAGAACGAGGCUGCUCUGGCGCAAGCACAAGGGCUGCAGGAGCGUCUGGAGGCUUGUGAGCAUGAAGCUGAAGGCCUGCGUAGGGAACUGAGAGAGCUGGGCACCCGUCAGGGCCAUACCAACACUGAGCUGCAUCAAGCUCGACUACAAGUAGCCCAGCUCACCCUGCAACUGUCUGAGGAGAACCUGGUCCUCAGGGAGGAGCGUGCCAACUGGGCUCUGGAAAGAGAGGCUUGCAAACAUGCAGCAGAAACGGAUAAAAAGAAAAUGCAAGAACUGAGCUGCGAGGUGGAGCGGAGGCAGGAGUGGCUCCAGGAGGAGAGGAUGGAGAGGGAGAAACUGGAAUUAGAGCUUGGACAAGAGAGAGAUUGCAGUCGAGUGCUGCUGAGUGACACUAAGCGAGAGCUACAGGAGCUGAAGGCCAGUUUGAGGAAAGCCCAGACAGAGAGAGAGGAGCAGCAGGUGGAGAAACAGGACCUGCUGAACUUCAUCCGUCAGUUAGAGCAGAGGUUGGGGAUUGUGCCAGAAAGUACAUCAAAUGGGGAAAUUCCAACAUGCGUCUUUUCUGGCACUUCCUCUGAGGAUGACAAGGAAGCUUCCCCACCUUCACCCAGAUCGAUCCGCUCACCUCUUUUCUUGUCUGCUCACCUGGAACGGCCCAACAGAGCUGAGACCAUUGCUGCUGAGACACACAGCCAAAGCAAAGAAGACACACCAACCUCUGACACACAGGAUGUGUGGAGGCAGCACUGUGAGCCCCGAGCCUGUGAAGGGAAGCAACUGAUCCUACCAGAACUCACCGACCCUAUCCUGAGUGACUGGGCUGACUGCCCCAUGUGGUAACACAAAGAAACGUGGAUGGCAAGUCGCUUGUUUACCACUGUGGUGCAACUUCAUGCGGAUCAUUAGAAAACCUUCGGGAUUAUUCUGUUGUUGUUUUCUAGUUGAUCACGUAGGAAAUGGUCUUUACAAAGGUCAUAUUUAUGGUGCAGAGCUUUUAGUGUGCGAGUGUCCAUAUUUAAGGAAAACACUGCACAAUUUGUGAGUCUUAAGUGUCCAGACUUUGGUUUAUUAGUGUGGCUAAUGGUUUUAUUACUACUAAAGGAUAAACAAAACUCUUCUUUAGACUUUCAUGAGCAGGUAUUAAUUGUCUUAAAAAUAUUUCAGUUUAAUUUAGGCUCCAUUUACAAUCCAUAGAUUUUCUAACUUUUGAUUAAAAGGGAAAGUGUUGUUGGUGCCAUGAUGAAUGCAAUACAUCUUGUUUCAGUAGAAUAUCAGCCCAUAACCUCUGCAUGUGAGUGUGAAUCCUGAAACCGUGUCAAAAGUGUGGGUGUGUGUUACAGACAAGUUUGAAAUGUUCUGUUGCAGCUUGUCGAGCACAGCAUCAUGUUGGACGAACAUGAAAGUUAAUUUAUGACAUUUCUGUUUGUUGAUCCGAGCUUCUGUCAGAGAGACGCUGCUCUUUAAUAAACUAUGAUGAUAAAUACA